ACAGGAGGCACGUUCACGGGCCCUAACGCGGACGCUACUACUCCACUUCGCUUCUCCACCGCACACUCGUUUUAUGACUUAGCCUCCAUCGACAAUCUCCAGCACGUCAACAACUUACUCUCGCCAACAUUCUCGCAAAGCUGCUCGUUGAACAGAGAUCUAUUGGAAUCAUACCCCUUCCCCUUAAAGCAACCAUGAAUGGCCCAGGAGAACAGUUCUGCGAGGGGUGCUGUAGCUUAUGUUGUAUUGCAUGCACAGAGGCCUGCGGGACCUGGCUCUUGUUCACCAAGUGCUGUGACAAUUCCGACGGCCACCAGGCAGGCUGCUUCGGAUCUUGUUGCAAGAAGUCCUUCGACGAGGAUAACUUUUUCGCCGACGAGGAAAAGAGGAAGCGGGAGGCCGCCCAGAACGGGCUCGGGGCUGUGAACACACAGCCAUCGCCGCGGCCGUCUAUGUCGCAGAUAUCGCACAACGCGUCAAACGGAAACGCUGGCGGGCAGCCCGCUCGCGGUCCGGAGAUCUCACCUCAGGACCUGGGGAAUGGGUGGAUUGGGACGGGUAAACCGGAUGCGCCCUCGAACAGCGCUCAGUAGUGACAGCGUUCAACUUAGCAUACGCAUAAUUGGAGAUUUCAUACUUGCUGUUGCGCAUCGCCACUGGUGGCAAUAUGGCGCGCGAGCAGCUGUGCUUUAUAUUUCACAUCGCUGGAUCGUCCUCCUCAGAGUAUAGAUCCGGGAAGAAGACAGUUACCUAGUACUUCCCCCUCGUUAUGUCAGAUCUGCAAAACUCGCACUCGGACGCGACGAGACGCGUUACUGAUAAUGCACCGCGCAUCACAUAUUACACUGCGCGUUGUCUGGCGAGGCGACGUGUAGUUGCUGUAACAAUGAUCAUCUCUGGUCCCAGCUU